UAUGAAAACUUAAAGUCUUGUCUUUAAGCUUUGGGAGAAACAACAAUGGAGAUCAUAAGGAGUCGCAGAGGACUCAUCGUUGCUUGUUGCGUAUUUUUACUUGCUUUGAUUGCAGGAGGUGAAAACCUCCCUCAAAACAUCAAGAGAAACUGCAGCUACACAGUGACAAUACAAACCACAUGCACAAAGGGUGCUGACACAUCAGACCAUGUGAGCCUGAGAUUUGGUGAUGAAAAAUCUAAUGACAUGAUAGUUCACCAUCUAAACUCCAAGCAUGUAAGGCAAGUGGAUCCAUUGCAGCCUCUUGUCCUCGACGACAUUCCCAGAAAACCAUUCCAGGCUUGCUUGGUAGAUGAGUUUCAAGUGACAGGCCAAUGCAUGGAAUCACAAAUUUGCUAUUUGUAUCUAAAGCUAUCGGGAAGCGACGAUUGGCGUCCAGGUUUUGCGCAGGUUGAGGCAUUGGAAGAGUCUGGUCUCAGCUCAAAAAGUUUCUAUUUCCGAAGAUAUCUGCCUCGGAACGUUUGGCACGGCUCUGAUUUGUGCUCUAAAGAAAUCACUCCUUUUGGCAUCAGGCAUAAGAGGAAGGUAUUCAAGAAGACACCAGCGCCAUGAAUCAGUUUUGGCUGUGGUUUAAUUAGAAUUUAAUUGGAAGAUUUGUUGUUUUGAUUACUCACCCUUGAAUUUAUGCAAUUUCUAGUCUUGGAAAUAAUUGAAUAUGAAUAACAAUAAUGAUGAUAAUAAUUGUGUAACAAA